AGGCAAUGAUAAAUAACAGAGUUUAAUAUACUACAAUUUAAUGUUGGCAUCUAUAAAUAAAAUACAUGAAUUGUAUGUACUAGUCUAUAGAUUCAACUUUACAUCCUUAAAUCCCCUAGAAGCAUAAUCAGCACCUACUGAGCGAUCAGAUAGCUUAGGGUAACCAGGAUCCCCAGGAACGCAGGCCUGGCGAGAAAUAGAAGCUCUCCAACCACCCUUUUUCUCCCAAGUAUUGCUGUUAUAUUUAUAGUAGUACCACAUCCAAUAAGUUAACGCAACCGCAAUUCCUACUUUAGCUGUCACCCAUCUGAAUACCAUAGCUCUAUUGGGUCCAAUAACCGGGGCCAAAGAUGUCUCAACAUAAUCCAUGGGCAAACGGUAGAAUCUUCUGAUUGGGUUACGGAGGGCCUUAUACAUUUCUGGUACUUCUUUUGGUUCAUUUGGAGAUAGUUCUUGAUCAUUGAGCCACUGCUUUCUGAAUGCUCGUUCUGCAUCAGUCAUUCCAAGUAAACGUUCCCUAUCGCUUUCGAGACGUCCGGCGAUGGACAUGGGCUUGACGCCUCCCGUGCUGGAAGCGUGGUCCAUGUUUUUAGCAGAAAUGUGCACCAUUUAUAGAGUCUUUCUGGUAAAAAUUACGAAAAUGCAGGAAACUGGCGAAAAGUCCUCGGAGAAGUCGCUACUUCCCGAAGACCAAAAAUUGUUUGACACCAUUAACAAUAACGAUGCCCUGCUGCUGAAAGCAUUGUUAUCUGAGAAGCCCCAAAAUGUUAACAUCUUAGAUGAGAACAACAUGACCCUUUUGCAGCAUGCAGCUUACAAAGGGAAUAAGGAUUUAGUUCAGAUAUUACUUGAUCAAGGUGCAGAAGUGACAUUAUGUCAACACCAACACAACUACACUGCUCUCCACUUUGGCGCACUCUCGGGAAAUCCCGACGUUUGUCUUUUGCUUCUUGAAGCAGGUGCCAAAUCAACUGACACCAACUCUGUUGGACGUACACCAUCUCAAAUGGCAGCUUUUGUGGGACACCAUAACUGUGUUGCUGUUAUUAAUAAUUACGUUCCAAAACAAGAUGUUGAAUGUUAUAAGCACACAGACAGUAAAACUACUCCCACUUUACCAUCAUUUCUAUUGGAUAGCUUCCAUAAGUUUAUAAUGCAAACUAAUGUCCAUCCGAUUAAAGUUGUCAUGAACAUCUAUAGUUUUGUGGGCUUGCAAGAUCAUUUGGAUGAAGUCAAGAGAGUUUUGGAAUCGAUGAGAGAGAGAGAAAUGAAUAGGGGCCCAGAGACUAAUGAGGUUAUGUCAUUCAAAUUCCAUUAUCUGGGAUAUAUUGUUGGCGAGAUUCGUAAAUUGAAAGACAGACAGGCUGCUAAAAAAGAAACUGCUGUUGAAGAUGAGAAGAAAACUGAUAUAACUGAGGCUUUUGCGAGAAAACUUUUAAAACCAGGUAAAGACGACAACCUAGACUUCAUGGACGCUUUUCUAAAAGAAUGCAUCAGAGAAUUCCCAUUUAGAGAGAGCACCUUAUUUAGACAAAUGGUUACAACAUUAUCAGGUACCCAAGCUCCAUCUGCAUUAUAUGUCGUUAAUUCUGUCAUAAACGGACAAAGAGGUUUCAUUGACCAGAUUCCUCAUUGCAACACUUGCGGCGAGGAAAAACCAGCUAAGAAAUGUUCCAAAUGUAAAGUUGUGCAAUAUUGUGAUAGAAACUGCCAAAGAUUGCAUUGGACUUGGCACAAAAAGUCUUGUGCCAGGCUGAGCCCAGAAGCAGGGGUUGACAAUAAUAAACCCAACAAAGAAGUUGAUUCGAGCGAAUUGCAAGAUUUUUUAAGUAAGAAUUAAAAAUGUGUCCAUCUGACCUACCAGCAAGAAUGAAUAAUCCUGAUUUUUUGGUAUACAUAUUUGUGUUUUUUUUUAUGGGGCUUUCAUUUAUUUUAUAAUAUGAAUUUCGAGAUGAAUUUGUUUUGAUCAAUGUUUAAUAUUAUUUUGUAUCUAGUUAUUGGUUCCAAGAAUUGAUAACCUUUAUGGAGUUGAAACUUUUUUUAGAAUGUGAAUUGAUUUGGAUUAAUAUAUUUUGAUAAAAUUA